AUGGCGGGCUUGCAGGUUCCUCGCUCGGACUUGUCAGCUUGGCUGAAGGUGUGGCAGUCCUUCAAGGCUACGAUGCCACAGCAGGGACUGGAUUUGAUGCGAUCUGCCGUUGCUCCCGAUGUUCCACUAUGGGGGAUGAUGGAUCCAGUUUUGCGCGGCUUCUCCAACUUGACUGGAUGCCAUUUGUAUUAUACACCACCGAAGUAUUUGCCCAAAGACAUUGGGCAGCAAUAUUAUGGCAACAAGUCGGCAUUCACAUUUUUGAGGGAUCCGUAUGACAGAGCUGUCAACGAUUUCAGGGCGCAGGUCUUCGGCCUGGACUCCGUUUUCACAAUGAACUGCCGACAGAACACUUCCCUGAGGGAAGGACACGUGGAGAGAGAAAGUGAAAAGUACCGGAAUUGGUACAGAACAUGCGAUGUCAACUCCUACUUGAGAGCCGAGCUGCCCAAGGUUCUUGCAGGAGAUAUUUACAGAGCUGAUUGCCAUUUCUUGCCGCAGGCUGAAUACUUUGAGAAUCCGUUUGCCAAUACAACCGCUAUCGACAAUCGAAACCUUCCAGAGUCUUUCAACGCACUGAUGGUAGAGCGUGGAUACUUCAACAUCACCAUGCCCCAUACCAUACACAAUUAUGUGUGCAACAACAUUAGUGCGUAUAGCCUCGCAGAGGAUGUCAAAGCUCUGAUCCGAAGGGUCUAUGCUAGGGACUUUGACCUGAUCUGCAAUCUGUUUGGGUAUUGCGACAGGGAAGAGGUGACCUGCCUUGGCCAAGUCCCUAACAUGUGCGGUGGCAAACCUGGUGUGAACUCUACAGCCUUCUCAGCCAAUGCAGACAAGGACGUCCGCUCCAAGUACUUCCCCAAGUGGCCUUGUGGCAAGCCUGGCGAAGCCUCUUGA